AAUAUUUAACCCUUUAAUCUACAGGUUUAUUGUCAGUUCAGUUAGUACAGAGAACCUAAAAGUGAGGAACGCCUACAGUGUGUGUGUGUGUGUGUGUGUGAGAGAGAGAGAGAGAGAAAGAUCUUGUUAGGUGAUUAAUGGUGACCUCACCUGUUUGACAAUCCAAGGCUGAUUCAGCAGGGUCACUGAUCACACACACACACACACACACACUCCUCUCUUUGUCCAAUGUCAAUGUCAGUGUCAUGUCACACACAGGAAGUGAUUUGUGUAGCACACUGAGGUAAAUAAGGAAGUAAAUCUACACAUUAUCAUGAUCACGCUGUGUGAAGAGAGGGCGGGACUUCAGGUUAAAGGAUACUCUGUGUGUGUGUGUGUGUGUGUGUGUGUGUGUGUGUGUGUGUGAGAGAGAGAGAGAGAGAGAGAGAGAGAGAGAUUAAUGAGAUUAGGUGUUAGAACAUUAAUCUGAACAACGCGCACACACACACAGGAUGGAGGCUGUGAUGGUGAAGUCUCUCCUCGCUCCUUUCAGGAAGUUCACUAGCUGUGUGACAGAAACACUGCAGAAGGACAUCCGGGGGUCUGAAGGACAAAGGACAAAGUUGAUGGAUCACAACCCCACUGUGCUGCGAGCCGACCAGGCCGAGAGGGAGAGAGAGAGGAAGCUGCGUGAGGCCAGGAACAUGGAGAAGAAUGCAGAGAGAGCAGCAAUGAGAGCUCAUUUCAGGAGGAAAUAUCAGCUCCCUACAAAUGCUGAAGACUCGAAGCGUGUACGAGCUGCAGUUGGGAAAGUGGUACUCCCCCACCACCUGAGCAAAAUGGUACAGUCCAAGACUCCCGUGAAGGAAAGGUCUAGUUUACUGAGUGUGUUUAAGAACCUGAGCUUCAGACAAGACUUUACACACAACACACAACGCAAUGCUACCAGCAAACGCUAACUGCACACAGCCGAGUGAAGUCAUGUGACACAAACACACUACACACAUUGUUCUGUCAUCUUUUUAUUUGUCGAAUUGUUUAUUUGAUAAAUUUCUGUCAUAAGAAAUACUUUAAUGUUUUUUGUUGUUUGAAUUUUUUCUAGAUUAAAUGUUUUUAUCAUGAA